ACAUCAAACCCUUCUGUUCUUCUUCUUCAUCUUCUUCUCUCCUCCUCCUCCCUCUCUGUAAACGGCUUCUGAAAAGCCAAAUUCCUUUUGAUUUUCCUCUGCUCUUCUCAACAGCUUGUCAGUUUUUUCUGGAUCUGGGCUUUGUUUGUUUCUCUGAUCUAAAACAUGGUUGUUGAAGUUCUCAGUCCACAAGAUUGCCUCAAACACCCUUCAAGUGAAGGCCUCCUCUCGCUUCCGAUGAAAUACCACUCCCGAAACCCUAACCCUACCCCUAACCGGGCCGCCCGUCCCCAGCCCGACCGCCGCAAGCCGCAGCGCAAGCCGGCCCGGCCUAACACCACCACCUCCUCCCCGGUCCAGAAGGCUCCAGUUCCCCAAGCCCUCCUCACCGGCCAGGUCAAAAUCCUCAAGCGCGGCGAAGAGCUCCCGAAGCCGGAGGAGCUCCCAAAGCCGGCGCCAUCAUCCAAAGAGAAUCGCUCACCUCAGAAACAGAACCAGAAAGUUCCAGAUCUCGGAUCUGCAGUUCGUUUGGGUCCGAACCCGAAGAAGGUUCCCAAGCAGACCCGACUCGCUGACCCGGUUAACCCGGCUCUCGGGUUCUACGCCGGGUCGUCAUCCUGUAUAGCCUCCCCGCCUCCGAGCUCGCUUCCACUUCCGUCUUUCUUCGCAAAGAAGAACGCCGUCGUUUCGAACACCGAUGAAGCCGCCAGCGAGUUACUGAAGCUUCUUCGGCUUAAUUUAUCUUAGGCCGACCCGUCAGUCGGUUUGAUUAUACACUUGAGCAUGUGCAGCAGUUGUUCCUGGGUUUAUAUAUUAGCUAGCUAAUGAUCGGGUUUCUGAUUCUCGACAUUUCCCCUUAUUUUUUCGAAGGGAAAGUCGGUGAGCUCACAAUUCGACCUAACAGCAAACGCUUUUUCUUCUUUUCUGGGUUAGAUGUGCAGCAGCAGUAGUGAUAAUGGUUCCAGUGGGUAUUUUUUAGAUUAUGGGUGUUAAAUUUUUCUGGGUAAUAGGUUUGGGGUAAGUAAGUAAGUUGUUCUAGUUUUCUGGCUCUGGGUUGAUAAAUUUAGGUUUGGGUAAUUGGGUUAAAUAUUUGUCUUUGUUUAUUUCUUUCAAUACAUACAUAGAUUAGGCCUACACAGGUAUAGGUGUUGAAAGAGCUUGUAUCUUGUAGAGUUUAUUGUAUUGUAUGUGCAACUCUUUUAUGUUAUUGUCAGGUUAUUAAUAAAAUCUUCGUUCUAUUUUAUA